GAAAGUCAAGACCAACAAACUAUUCGUUAUUGGAUUGCUUUGUCAGGAAGAGCUGAAACGGUUUCCGAAAAGUUACGUCAUCUACUGCCAGGCGGAGUGGCUGCUACUGUCAUUACCGAUAUUCUUGAGGACGAGAAUGCUGACAUGAGAAUGCGCGAAAAAGCUCUCCAAUUAGCAAAUUCGAAGUUGAUUUAUGAUGGGUAUUUUGCUACCGAAGGCGGUAUUAGUGUACAGCUUCUGGAGAGGAUGGCUGCUGUUCUCAAUAAAUGGAUCACAAAAGAAAGGAAGGGUCAUGAACAGGACGUUCUAUGCCAAAAUGCAGCUUUCUCCCUCAAACUGGUAGCGAAACGUCUUUGUAAUCGUUCGAGUAGUUCGGUACUUUCCGACACCAUGUCGAAGUGCAUAGACAUUGCUUCUGAAUAUCAAACGGUUGACGAAUGUUUGAUUGGAAAUAUUUUACUCCUUGCUGGUGAACUGAUACGAUCUCUAAACAUGAAGUCCACUAUGGCGUCGGCAGUUCCAUUGCUCAAGACCUGUCUGAAAAUAUUAAGGCCUCAGUCUGAAGAUGUACCCAGUAAGCGGGCCCGUAUGCGACUGCAGUCGCUUAGCGGACGAAGACCUGGUGGUUCUCCACUGCUGAUCUCUGUUCUGACUUGUAUCCAACGGAUAAUGGAUCAGUUUGCACCAUAUUCUGACGCGCAAGAGGACGGUACUUCAACACCUGCUGCACCUAUGGAGAAGUCCCAAUAUAUGCAAAGCACGAAGACCAGUAUUCGACAAAAAAGCUUCGGAUUCAUUCGCUCUGCACUUCUCAAAAUGGAAGUGCGAGUCAUACCGGAGUAUUUUGCGAAAGCCGUUACUGAUCUUAGCCAUGAAGAGAAUUUCGAGCCUGCUAGAAAUGUAGAAAGGAGUGUCUUCAAGUCGUUGUUGGCAAUGGCUGAAGUCUUGACAGAGAACACCCUGCGCUCAGUGGUGAACGGUUUAAUAGAUUGGGCUGAACAGGGACUGAAACCAUCAGCAACCCAAUGGUAUGCAACGCCAAGGCCGUCUUCAUCACGUUUCUACGAUUCAUUCAACACGUUAGCGCUACCGUACUUCGGUAGACUGAUGGAACUAUCCGGUAGAAUCCUGAAUGCAUGCAACGCUACUGUCCUAAAUGAAAGGGGACGAUCGAAGAGCAGGAAGCGGAUGCUUCUGAUCGUUCAUGUGAUUGACUUCAUCGGCAACUGCGCACGUCAUCGGGAGUUUUUCACUCAAGACCGUGCAGAAGUGGUUAUAGAGCCGCUGAUCAAUGAAAUAGUGAAUAGUAAAUUGAGUGGGCACGAAAUGCGAUGUGUACCUCAUAUCUCCGAUGCGCUAUAUCGCAUAGCGGACACACAUCCUGACGUAUUUCAAGAUAUACUGGAUAAACUAUUGCUGAAAACCAGGAACAACAAAGCCAAGAUCCGCUAUCGAGCAUUACUUGUUAUGGAGGCUAUACUAGAAAAGGUUGGAGACGGUGUAGCGCCACAUUUACCGAUGAUCCUGCCAUUCCUUAGCGAAUUACUCGAAGAUGAAAAUCGUAAUGUAGAAGAACAGUGUGAUCGUGUAGUACGACUACUUCAGAGCAAAUUUGGAGAAAAUAUCUGCGAAGGUUUUAUAUAG